AUGUACCCUAUCUACUUUGAACAACAAAUUCCCUCCUGCUAUCAUCAACGUCGUCCAUACUCAAUGAUGGACAACUAUCUAUCCGCCAUACUAAAUGAGCAACAACAACAAGCCAUUCUUCAAGCUGCCGUACGUCAAGAAAAAGAAAGACGAAGAAGACUGCAACAGCAACAAGAAGAAGAACGCAUUAGGAAUAUUUUGCUGCUACGCCGUCGUCAAGAACAAGAGCUUCAAGCUUAUUAUACUGCCAUUAAGCGUGAACAAGAAGCAAUAAGAAGAAGACAACAGCAAGAGGAAGCCUAUUAUGCUGCUCUCUGUCAACAACGUCAAAAAGAACUAGAGCAGCAAGAAGAAAAAAAGACUGAUCCGCUUUUGAACCUCCUGUUUGGUAUGAAUUCUGUCAAGCAACAGUACCCAAACACACAACUGCAGAAAGAGCAAGAAAGCACUGACACCCGCGAGGAUGAUCGAGCAUCUGAGGAAGUCACCGAUAAAGAUACAAUUUUAUUUGAUGAUUUUAUUGAUCAUAUUCGCGAAAAAGCCAGACAGUUAGAUGAUGAUAGUCAGUCCACCCAUUCUCAAGAACAGGAUGAUGACAAGGAAGUACAUGCUGAAGACGAUGGCAUCAUAGAAAUGGCUAUAGAUCAUAUUGAUGAUCAUGAAGAAAGCAGUAUUGAGUCAUCACAACAAGAAUACCUCGGUAAUACUGAUAUGAGCGAUGAUUUAAAUAGCUCUAAUGAGGAACGUGGCUUUACACAAUUUCCUGAAGAAGAUCCUGCUAAGCUUGCUAAAUACGAAGCCUUGAAUCAAAUUGAAGAAGAGCUCAAUGAAAUUCGUCAGAAACAUGAGGACCAUAUUCUUCACCAUACAACUCUAGAUUUUUCAAAUGUGGUAGAUUAUACUCGUACGACUUUGCCUGAUACUCUUAGUGCUUCGUCUGCUGAGAAUCGUCAAUUUUUGGGUUAUGAAGACCAAAUCAUGAAGAUAUUGUUGAAGUUGGAUGCUAUUGAUUCAGAGGGAGAUGAGAGUAUCAGAAACGAACGUAAGGCUCUGGUGAAGCGAGCAGAAACCAUGCUGGAAAGAUUAGAUGACUUUAAGCAAAAGGAAUGGGAACGUGCCAGUUCCAGUAGCCAUAGUGAUCGUGAUGAAGAUGAAGACAUGAUUUAG